UCGCGCGCAUAGAAUUUUUAUCAGCUAACGUCAGUUGAUUCGCUUUUGUUUGUAGUAUCGUACAAGUUUUUUGUAUUAAAAUGUACUGCAUUAUCGUGUCUAUUAUAGCAUUAGCGUAUAUAUUCUGGGAUGUUAAUUACUUUCUACGAGUCGCUUUCACUAUAGGAAUUGGAAGAUUGUUCAAGAAGAAAUGCAGUAUAAAGGAUUCCACUACAAUUUACGGAUUUUGUACAACUCAAGAUGUGGAUAUUUUCCUAAGACAUAUGAAUAAUGCGCGAUACGUACGAGAACUCGAUUUUGCCAGGUUCCACUUCUACGACGCUACUGGAAUUUACGAAAAUAUUAAAGCAGUGGACGGACACGCGUUGCAAGGUGCAUCCACUAUUAGAUAUCGACGAACGAUUCCUAUAUUCACACCAUACAAAGUUGAAACAAAGUUGGUGUACUGGGAAGACAAAACUUUGUUCAUUGAGCAAAAGUUCGUCACAUUCGAUGGCUUUGUCCGCGCCAUCGUGCUGUCACGUCAAAAUCUGAUUAAUGUUGACGCCGAUACACUACUGAAGAACAUCCCCGGAGCUGAGAGCAGACCAGAAUGUCCAGAAGAAAUUAAACACUGGCUAGAUGCCAUUGAAAUAUCAAGUGCAAGAUUAAGGAAGAAGGAUUAGAAAAUUAUUAGUGGGUUAUUUUAAUAAAAUGGUUUAAGUUU